GCCAUGGUUUGAUCAUAUUUUGGCCUCUUUAACAUGAAGAGUCCACAAAAUUAUCUGCAUUCUGAAUAUGCAUUAUUUAUAUUUAAUAUCCGACCGACCAGUUCAGUCCAUGAUUAAAUUAUGCACAACAAGAGAAUAUAUGAACAUUAAAAAAAAAAAAAACUGGUCGUCUGGUACAUGGGUUGACCUUGUGUCUGAAGAAAGUGGCCUGCAAGUCAUUGCCCACAUACUCAAAACCACCAAACAUAGACAAUGCCAUUGUUCAGAAUGAUGUUGUUGCUGCAGAGAACAGAGUGAGACCCGCCUCAUUGAAUUCUUACCAGUUUUCACAUCUCCUGUUGGAUUUCUCUGAAAUGGGAGCAGCCUUCAGAUCUCUGUACGGGAAGACCAAGUACGAGGAAGUACAAGAAGAAUGGGAAGAAGAUUACGGUCCUCAGAGAUUCUCUUACAAAGCACUUUACAAAGCCACCAAAGGGUUCAAAGACAGCGAGGUGGUCAGGACAGAAGCUAAUGGGAUGGUUUACAGAGGGAAGCUUUCUUCCAAUGCCCAAAUCGCUGUAAAGAGAGUGUCUCUAGACAUGGACCAAGAGACCAAACACAUUGUGUCUCAGAUCGUUGGAAUUGGAAAACUUAGGCACAAGAACUUGGUCCAGCUCCUCGGCUACUGCAGGAGAAAAGGUGAAUUGCUUCUGGUCUAUGAUUACAUGCCUUAUGGAAACCUCGAUGAUUUCUUGUUUAAUGGAGAGAAGCCUAACCUUAGUUGGUCUAAAAGAUUUCACAUCAUCAAGGGAGUAGCAUCUGCUCUUCUCUAUCUUCACGACCAAGUCUUUCUCCACAGAGAUGUAAAAGCUGCAAAUGUACUCUUGGAUGAGGACUUAAACGGGCGGCUCGAUUUUGGGUUGUCUAGAUUUGGCACGAACAGGAACCACGUGCUGGGAAGUGUCGGGUAUGUGGCUCCAGAGCUUAUAAUCACAGGAAUGCCAAUGACAAAAGCCGAUGUUUAUGCCUUUGGAGCUUUACUGCUUGAAGUUGCUUGUGGAAGAAUGUUCAUAGAAUCUCCUGGGAAGCCGGAAGAGUUUAAUCUGGUCAGUUGGGUAUGUCAGUGCUGGAAAAGAGGGAACUUGAUCGGUGCCCGAGAUGCCAGAUUGGUCGGAGAUUAUGUUCAGGAUGAGAUGGAGAUUGUACUUAAGCUUGGACUAAUUUGUUUACAGUACAACCCAGAGGACAGACCAAGCAUGUCUCAGGUGGUGAAGUAUCUUGAAGGGCAUGAUGUUUUGCCUGAAAUCCCUCCAGAUACUCCCGGGAUCGGUAUUCCCACUCCAUACAAUGAAGUUUUAGCCAACCCUGUAUAGUCCCAUGACCGAAAGAAUUUA